AAUUCCAAACAUCAUCUCCAAAAUCAUUAAAAUAUACAGGCAAUCAAAAAUCAGAGAACCAUAAACAAGAUUCAUAUACAAAACCAAAGCAGAAAAAGAGAGUUAUCUUUAGAAGAAAAUCAAAAUGAGUUCAAGCAGGAGAGCAUGGAUAGUUGCAGCUAGUGUUGGAGCAGUUGAAGCCUUAAAAGAUCAAGUUGGAUUGUGUAGAUGGAAUUACCCAUUGAGGUCUUUGGCACAACACACAAAGAAUAACUUGAGAUCUUACUCUCAAGCUAAGAAACUUUCUUCUUCUUCACUGAUUGCAAGGAGUGAGAAGGCAAAGCAAUCUGAAGAGUCAUUGAGGAAAGUUAUGUACUUGAGCUGUUGGGGUCCCAAUUGAUCAUUUUUAAUUUCUAGAUAUCUUCAUGAUCAUUUUUGCAGACCUGAAUAUUUUUCAAGCGGAAAAGCCAUAAUAUAGGAAAUGUAGUACAGUAUUAUGAUUUGUAAAUAUAGGGCCCUUGUAUUUCGAAAUCUUUCGAAAAUUAUAUGAAACUGCAAUAUAGUGUUGAUAUUUCGAUGA